AGGCCAAAGCCAAGUCCAAGAUUCUCCCAAACAAACAACCAUGAAUCUCUUACACAAUCUCUUCAUAAUCCUCCUCUGUCUCCACAUCCUCUCAGCAGAAUCUCAAGAUCCUGCUGCUAGCUCAUGCAAUGACAACACCAAAGCCAACACCACAACAUCAAGAAACAUUGACACCUUACUCCCAAAGCUAGUCUCAGGCACCAUCCAGAACGGCUUCAUUGCCACCUCCUCCGGCGGGGUCCACGGCCUCGCCCAAUGCAGAGGCGACGUCAGCAGCAGCGACUGCGCCUCCUGCAUCCAAUCCGCGGCAAAAGAGAUCAGAUCCCUCUGCCCCACCCAAUCCGAUGCAAGGAUAUGGUAUGACUACUGCUUCCUUCGAUACAGCACUGAUAGAUUCUUCGGUGAGGUUGAUGUCUCGGGCGUCUACCUGAUCAACACGCAGAACGUGACUGAUCCCGAGGCCUUCAACAAGAAGCUGGCCUCGCUGAUGGAUGACAUCACCAAGGAGGCGGUGAGGUCCUCGAGCAGGGGACUAGGCAGGGGGAAGAGGGACGUCUCGGAUUUCGUUAGGCUUUACGCGUUGGUGCAGUGUGUGAGGGAUCUCUCUGAGAUCAACUGUGCUCAGUGUUUGGCCAUUGCUGUCAGCAACUUCCCUACUGUCUGUGGGGAUAGGAGAGGCUGCCGCGUGCUCUACAGCAGCUGCUACGUUCGAUACGAGCUCUAUCCCUUCUUCUUCCCUCUCGAUUCGCAGGAGUCGUUGGAUUCUAGACUUGGGGAGAAGUAUGAGAGAGUUAUAUCUCAUGUCAAGAAUUGAUGUAUGGUGCUUUGAAGUUUGCAUUAAUAAGACUUUGUGACAUGUUUUUGUAGUACUA